AUGAACUACCAUUACAAUCUCCUGCUCUCCAUCCUCUCCCUCAUACCUCUUAUCUGCAAUUCACAACUCGCAUAUAGUGCGUGUUUACAUUCUCCGAAGCUGGAACUUGUGAAAAAGGACGUCUCUGCUGUGGCGGUGCCGUUGCCAGGAUUGGAAUAUAUCUCACAGUAUGUAUGCCCCACGAGCGCUAUCGCUAACGAGAAGAGACAGGUUAUAGAGAUACAUGUUACGAAGGAUCAGCUUGAGGCCUUUCUUUUCCAUUUGCGUGCAAUUGAGAUGCAGAUCGUAGCUGCAAUUAAUUCUAUUUUCAAAGACAGCGGAUUUACCCUUCCGGCCGGUUCACUUGAGGUACCAGAAGGUACAGGCUUUGAUCCUGGGCCUGCUGGGCCUACCGGGUCCCCAGGGUCGGUUGGGCCUGUUGUUUUAGCAGAACAGAUAACGACCCUUACAUUUACCGUAACGAGGACUACGACAAUGACGGUUACAAGAAUGGCGGGAAUGACAGCAAAAGGUAGUAUGCUCCCAGAUGUGGCUGCUCCCAGCACCGCAGUGAGUCCUCAGGAUCCCCCCAUGAAUCAAGAAAUUGUGGCUGCUUCCAGCACCGCAGCACCUCUUCACGGCAGUUUGGACGGCUCCCCAGGGCGUUAUACUAGGGCAAAGAGCUCUCUAGGAACGAUCUCCCAGGUGGUCACUUUCUCGACAGGAGCCAGAGCAUUUGCAGCAUCUACCGCAACCAUAGCACCAACGAACAACGGCAAAACAAACAGCAGUCCUCAAAAGUACGUCUUCGACCCGCAAUCAACAAAGAACGUAGCAGUAUACUACGGUCAAACGCCCGCAACAGGCAGCGUGUCACUCGAAGCACAAUGCGCAGACCCCAACGUCGACAUCGUCAUCCUCGCCUUCAUAAUCUCGCAACUCGACCGAGGAAAAUACCCCGCUGUUAACUUCGGCGCUGCCUGUGGAGGCCAGACCGCAGCAAUGGCGUCCCAAGCACCGGGAUUGUUAUCCUGCCCGCAGCUCGCGCAGUAUAUAUCAGCAUGCCAGUCUAGGUAUGGGAAGAAGGUUUUGCUGAGUAUUGGGGGAGCGACGAGUGGUGUUAUUUUUGCUAGCGAUGCGGAGGCUAUGGCGUUUGCGGAUGUGCUGUGGCAAUUGUUUGGGCCUCCGGGCAGUAUAGAUAUUCAGUUAAGACCUUUUGGAGAGGUGGUUAUUGAUGGAUUCGAUUUUGACAACGAAAACAACAACCACCAAUCCUACCCCGUGGUGGCAUCCCGGCUCCGCACCCAUUUCGCCACCAGUAAAACGCCACAAAAGACAUACUACCUCUCCUCCGCGCCUCAAUGUCCCUUUCCCGACGCAUCUAACCCCCUCCCCCUCCUGCUGCUCCUCGACUGGGUCUGGGUGCAAUUCUACAACAACCCACCCUGCGAGAUCGGGUCUUCCGGCUUCGCUGCCUCGGUCAAGCAAUGGGAUGCCGCCCUCCAGAAGAGUAGCCUGUCUGUGAAGCCGCGCUUGUAUAUCGGCGCCCCAGCGUGGGGUGCAGCAGGUCCCGGGGCUUAUAACGGGGGCAUCAAGAGUGCGAAGGGGAUUGUGGCGGUAUUGAAUCACGCUAGGCGGUUGGGUGUGAAGAAUUUCGGCGGUGCUAUGUUUUGGGAUGGGCCUCAGGGGGAAGGGAAUGUGGAAGGCGGGAAGAGUAUUCUCGCAUGGGCGAAGGACGGAUUAAAUUGA